UAGCAUGUGUGAGGUGUUGGUCUGUGUGAGGUGGUCUGGAAAAGAGCGUGUCAUAUUCAGCAUGAUCCCUGUGUCCCCGAUAGCAUGUGUGAGGUCUUGGUCUGUGUGAGGUAGUCUGGCAGAGAGCAUGCCACAUCCAGCAUGAUCCCUGUGUCCCUGGCAGCAGUGUGUGAGGUGCCGGUCUGUGUGAGGUGGUUUGGAAAAGAGCGUGUCAUAUCCAGCGUGAUCCCUGUGUCCCCGAUAGCAUGUGUGAGGUCUUGGUCUGUGUGAGGUGGUCUGGCAGAGAGCAUGCCACAUCCAGCAUGAUCCCUGUGUCCGUGGCAGCAGUGUGUGAGGUGCCGGUCUGUGUGAGGUGGUUUGGAAAAGAGUGUGUCAUAUCCAGCGUGAUCCCUGUGUCCCUGGCAGCAGUGUGUGAGGUGCCAGUCUGUGUGAGGUGGUUUGGAAAAGAGCGUGUCAUAUCCAGCGUGAUCCCUGUGUCCCCGAUAGCAUGUGUGAGGUCUUGGUCUGUGUGAGCUGGUCUGGCAGAGAGCAUGCCACAUCCAGCAUGAUCCCUGUGUCCCUGGCAGCAGUGUGUGAGGUGCCGGUCUGUGUGAGGUGGUUUGGAAAAGAGUGUGCCAUAUCCAGCGUGAUCCCUGUGUCCCUGGCAGCAGUGUGUGAGGUGCCAGUAUGUGUGAGGUGUUUUGGAAAAGAGUGUGUCAUAUCCAGCGUGAUCCCUGUGUCCCUGGCAGCAGUGUGUGAGGUGCCAGUUUGUGUGAGGUGGUCUGGAAAAGAGCGUGUCAUAUCCAGCGUGAUCCCUGUGUCCCUGGCAGCAGUGCGUGAGGUGCCAGUCUGUGUGAGGUGGUUUGGAAAAGAGUGUGUUCUAUCCAGCAUGAUCCCUGUGUCUCCGAUAGCAUGUGUGAGGUCUUGGUCUGUGUGAGCUGGUCUGGCAGAGAGCAUGCCACAUCCAGCAUGAUCCCUGUGUCCGUGGCAGCAGUGUGUGAGGUGCCGGUCUGUGUGAGGUGGUUUGGAAAAGAGUGUGUCAUAUCCAGCGUGAUCCCUGUGUCCCUGGCAGCAGUGUGUGAGGUGCCAGUCUGUGUGAGGUGGUUUGGAAAAGAGCGUGUCAUAUCCAGCGUGAUCCCUGUGUCCCUGGCAGCAGUGUGUGAGGUGCCAGUCUGUGUGAGGUGGUUUGGAAAAGAGCGUGUCAUAUCCAGCGUGAUCCCUGUGUCCCUGGCAGCAGUGUGUGAGGUGCCAGUAUGUGUGAGGUGGUUUGGAAAAGAGUGUGUCAUAUCCAGCGUGAUCCCUGUGUCCCUGGCAGCAGUGUGUGAGGUGCCGGUUUGUGUGAGGUGGUCUGGAAAAGAGCGUGUCAUAUCCAGCGUGAUCCCUGUGUCCCUGGCAGCAGUGUGUGAGGUGCCAGUCUGUGUGAGGUGGUUUGGAAAAGAGCGUGUCAUAUCCAGCGUGAUCCCUGUGUCCCUGGCAGCAGUGUGUGAGGUGCCAGUCUGUGUGAGGUGGUUUGGAAAAGAGCGUGUCAUAUCCAGCGUGAUCCCUGUGUCCCUGGCAGCAGUGUGUGAGGUGCCAGUAUGUGUGAGGUGGUUUGGAAAAGAGUGUGUCAUAUCCAGCGUGAUCCCUGUGUCCCUGGCAGCAGUGUGUGAGGUGCCGGUCUGUGUGAGGUGGUUUGGAAAAGAGUGUGCCAUAUCCAGCGUGAUCCCUGUGUCCCUGGCAGCAGUGUGUGAGGUGCCAGUAUGUGUGAGGUGGUUUGGAAAAGAGUGUGUCAUAUCCAGCGUGAUCCCUGUGUCCCUGGCAGCAGUGUGUGAGGUGCCAGUUUGUGUGAGGUGGUCUGGAAAAGAGCGUGUCAUAUCCAGCGUGAUCCCUGUGUCCCUGGCAGCAGUGCGUGAGGUGCCAGUCUGUGUGAGGUUUUUUGGAAAAGAGUGUGUUCUAUCCAGCAUGAUCCCUGUGUCUCCGAUAGCAUGUGUGAGGUCUUGGUCUGUGUGAGCUGGUCUGGCAGAGAGCAUGCCACAUCCAGCAUGAUCCCUGUGUCCGUGGCAGCAGUGUGUGAGGUGCCGGUCUGUGUGAGGUGGUCUGGCAGAGAGCG